CCGCUUAAAUUUAUUCCACGUGUGAUGCAUCUGCGUGCUAUGCGACGCGUGUCGCUUUAUCAUUUUAUUUCAAUGGCUGAGAUUUGCUCUGUCCCUUCAACUGCCUUUAACUGUCAAAUCGCCCGUUUUCCUCGAUUUUUGACUAUUUAACUUUCUUUUCUUAAAACAUCAAAACACUUUCGCUCUUUUCUUCAAACUUUUCUCUCUCUUUCUCAAAUCUUCUCCUUUGUUCCUGCGAGUUAUUUUUUCGGCGUUGUUUCUGUUGCUGACUGCGGUGCUUGCGGAAGUGUUGUACCUCGGUUCUGGGCUGCUAAAUUUCCGUUGUGCGAGAAGGUAUAGUCUUUUUUGUUUUUGUUUCUUCCUUCGUAUAGGUUUAUAUUUGGGUGCAAUGUCGAGUGAGCGAGAUAGUGAUAAUGUGUUGAGUGGGGCUGGGUAUGACGAUGUUGACCCUGCGUCUACCUCUGAGGAUGUCAAUUUUGAGGAUGAUGAUAAGCCGUCUGCCUCUGACUAUUUUGAGCCGUCUUACGAGGAUGCUGCAAAGGAAUUACAGGCUCACAUGCGCAAACAGGUACGAGCCGACAUUCGUCAUGAUUUGAAUUUAGUAGAUAAUUGCGAAACAAUCCCGGCAGUGGAUGCUCCCUCUAUUGCCCUUGAGUACGAACUUCGAUCAUGGACGCAAUUUAUGGACCCUGCCGGUAAAGGAUAUGGUGACUAUGGCACUAAUUUUGGCAAUGUUGUUGUGUCUCUCAACCAGGAUGCCGUCAGGGGUGCCCAUCUAGAGGACGUGGCUGGUGGGAGCCGUCAGAUGGAUGAAGGGGAGGUUAGCAGUCGUGCUAACGAUGUUGCGGGAUCCGAUAACUCCGCCGGUAGCGUUGGGGGAGAUGAUGAGGAUGCAGGGGAUUCAAUUUUGGAGUCUGAUGAUGAUAUUGGCCGGUUGUGGGAUGAUGGUGAAGACGUGACCUCUCUGUGUGAGCAGGUUUUGAGAGAAGGGGAUCUGGAUGUGGAACCAGAUUCCGAUACGGAGGAGAUGAGCUACAGGGUUGAGAGUCCUCCUCCUGCUGGUAGUGCCGUUUACAAAGCUAAAAUAAUCAAAUCUUUCCGUGAUAGGGCUAUCAAAGACGACCAUCCGCGCUGGGCCAAAGAGUAUUUGAAACUGCCCAAAGGGUACCGUCUCGUGAUUCCUGCUGAGGGGAGUGUGAUUUUGGAUUGUCCUCCUGAUCAUAUCGGCGUGUAUGCCCAUCAUCUAGAUUUCGGCCUCCGAUUUCCUCUUCAUCCUUUUAUAGAGAAGGUAUUCCGGGCUUGGAAUGUAUGUUUGGCGCAGGUAACGCCUCAGGUAGUGAGGAAUGUUGUGGCUUUUACCUGGCUGCUAUCUUUUAAACAAUGGCCCCAAACCAUUAAUCUGUUUAGGCGGCUGAUUUGGUUGAAAAAGUACAAGAAGAAGUCUGGAUGGUGGUCUUUUUACACCAAGGCAAGCAAAAUGACAGUCAACCCCAAGCUGUCUAGCUGUAAAGAUUGGGAAAAGAAGUUCUACUGGUUGAGAGUGCCUUCUGAUUUCCCCAUUCGGACUCGCUUUCAUCUCCCCCGUCCUCAUAUGAACCAUUACCCCAUUCGGGAGUUGGGUUUCAGGGAGAAAAGGGCCCACCAGUUUGUGUCCUGUUUGCAUGUUGACACCGGUUUGCAGAAGUCUGUGACCGUUCCUAAGUACUGGUUGCCUCCUGCUAAGUAUAUUUUGGGAAAUGGGCCGCUGUCUGCAGUUGGCUUGUGCCACACCCAUACUCUUGGUCUGCAUACUCUCAACUUUGCUAUUCUCGGUUUGGGCAAAGACGGUCGUCCUACUACCAACAACCCUCCCAAUCCGAAAGGUGUGUUUUCUACUCUGUCGACCUACGCAACCCAAGCCAACAAAAAGCGUGGUUCGACUCGGGAGGAGGUUGCGAGUGAGUCUCCUGCUAAGAAGACAAAAAGAUUAAGCUCCAUACCAGCUCCCAAACCACUUUCCAUCCGUGCGCCUACUGGAGUUGUUUUCAAAACGACUCAUACUGCUCCUGACAACCCUGCUCCAAGACCUGUCUUCAAGACCGUCCAUACUGCUCCUGACAUGGCUGGAGGUUUUAAAAGUUUGGAUUGCGGUCGUGGUGCUGCCCUUACUGGCAGGCGUCCUCGCGAUCGUAACCAACCCUUCACUCGGGUGAAUCGGUCUCGAGUGGACGGUACUACGCAGCCUGCCCCUGAUAAGUCUCAGCAGAAGUCUCCUGAGAAAGGUUUUGAAUCAGCUGCCGAUGUGAACAUCGCAGGCCAAGGGGGUGAUGCUGUUGCGGAUGUUGAGCCGAUAGCCCAACCAGACUUGAUGGUUGUGGAUCUUAUGACUCCAACCCGUCAGAACCAAGAGCAAGAGGUAAAUGAUACUGAUGUUGCUGGUAUGGGCCAGAAGACUCCUCCUCUCAUGCCUCCUACUCUUCAUACUUCUUCUGGGUAUGUUCGCCCUAGCCAGAGUGCUGGUACCAGCUCUGGUCUGAACAUGGGUGUCUUUGUCCGUCCUGGGGAGUGGAUUGAGAAGACUCCGAUUUGCCUAUCCCCCAGGAAGAUGAAGUACUUUGAGGUUCCUCCUGGUGAGCCUGAUGAACCCUGGAACCCUAAAAUCGAUCUUCUUCGUGGUGAGUCGAUACUCACCGACGACUGCAAAGGGGGUGGUUGUAUGGGUUGGAGGGCUUUGAAGGAUCUGGCUACUCCUCGCGACAAUCCUGCUGCUGAGAUUGACGCGCCGGCUGCCCAACAUAUGAAUGAUAUGCUCAAGGCCUGCAACUCUGAUGUGGAGCUUGUGAAGCUGUACCUCUGCUACCAGGAGCAGAAUGAAGACCUUCAGAAAAGGCAGGCUGAUCUGGAGAAGCAGGUGAGUGACGCCAAGCAAGAUCUGGACCAAAAAACUUCUGAGCUGAAAAGGGUGAAGCAACGCAACGAAGAGUUGGAGAAUGUUGCGAACAAGCUGGAGGCAGAGGAGGCCAAGAACAAAGAGCUGUCUGAGAAGUUGCUGGAGGCGGAUGAGAAGGCCAAAGCUGCUUACAAAACCGGUGCUCGGGAUGGUGCCUUGCGAUUUUCUCGGUCCCAGACCUAUAGUAAGCGUAUCACGGAUAGUCAUAACGGUGGCUGGUUUGCUGCCCACCGUUGUGGCGUUCAUGGUAUUGGCCUUACCAAGGAGGACUGUGAGGAUAUUGAGUAUGCUUUCCUGGUGGAGGAAAAGCACAAGGUACCAACCGGUUUGGAGUCACAGAUCAUUCCGGAGGAGAUCAUUCAGAAUGCUGAUCCCUUGACUCUCCCUCCCAUUGAGCUGAAGGAAGAAGACUACCUGGAUCCUGCCCUGCUGUCUUCCAGUACCAACCAGACGGAUUAUCAACAAGUUUGAAGGUGCGGGCAUUCAUCACCGGUAUCAUCCUGUGGUUCAUCUGGCGUUGCUGCUUUUAAAGAUUAGUUUAUUUUUUUAGACGCACUUUUGGUAUCAGCUGUUUGUGGCACUUUUUGCCCUGGGAUAUUUUAUGUUUUGUUUUUGUAAACUUUACCUUGUGCCAUUUUUUAUCAGCUAACAAAUGUCAGUUUUGGUGUUGGCUGUCGAAUUUGCUUUAUUCAGAUGGUGUUGCUCUUA